UCUGCAGAAGCCUUUAUCACUCUGGAGCUGAUGCAUCUGGUCCAGCAGCUUUGAUCACCCUGGUCUUCCUCAGCUCUCUUCACAUCUGGAGAUGUCAGGAACCAUCACCAUCACCAGCCAUCACCAACUACAGGGCAUCUCCACCUGCCUGUGACGAGAACGUGUACAAUCCUGAGCGACACCACUGCAAAGUUUCAGGGAAGCCAUUUCUGGAGUCUACAACAAGAAAGAGCAGAGAUGGCAGAGAACAAGUCAAGCGGUGCCGGGAGUGGCGGAGCUGGACUUAUCGCGAAACGGUUUCAGAAGCAAUUGAGUCGGGCACAAGAGAAGGUGUUGCAGAAGUUGGGUAAGACCAUGGAAACCAAGGAUGAGCAGUUUGAGCAGUGUUCUCACAAUCUGAAUAAACAGCAGAGUGACGGGAACAGGCUAUACAAAGACAUUAAGGCAUAUUACAAUGCCGUCAAAGCGAUGCACGAGACCUCCAAACGCCUAUCCCAGACGCUGAAGGAUGUCUAUGAACCUGACUGGAAAGGAGCAGAAGGUCUAGCCGCGAUCAUAGAUAAUGAAGACCUUCUGUGGAAUGACUAUGAGGAGAAGCUAGCAGAUCAAACAGUGCGCACCAUGGAAAGCUACGUUAGCCAAUUUCCUGAAGUGAAGGAGAGAGUGUCUAAACGUGGGAGGAAGCUCGUCGACUAUGAUUCUGCCCGUCACCACCUGGAGGGGCUGCAAAACACCAAAAAGAAAGAUGAAGCGAAAAUCACCAAGGCAGAGGAAGAAUUCAACAAAGCACAGACUGUCUUUGAGGACAUCAACAAAGAGCUGAGGGAAGAGUUACCAGUUCUCUAUCAAAGCCGAAUUGGUUGCUAUGUGACGGUCUUCCAGAACAUCUCCAAUUUGCGGGAUGUCUUCUACAAAGAGAUGAGCAAGCUCAACAAUGAACUUUACAAUGUGAUGAAGAAACUGGAGACUCAACAUUCAGACAUUACGUUUAUCAUCAAAGGGCUGCACAGCACAUCCACGAAAAAACGGCGAUCUCUGAUUAUCUCCGCGCCCAUCCCUUGUAACACGGCCUUCCCCUCAGAUCACAAAGCCAACCAUGGGCCCACCCAGGAUGAGAACCGGUCCGAUCCAGCCAGCCCCAUAAAUAAAGUAGGGGAAAAAGACAAAGAGGAGGGAGAGGAGGAGGAAGACCAGACUGGGGCUUUGGUGGAACAGCAGACACCUGAAGAUCCAGAUGUUUCACAGAGUGAAGUCCCCGAGGAGCCAGAUAUGAAUGGUCAUAGCGAUGCCAAAGCAGAAAGCCUGUGUGAAGAUGAACCUGAACUGAACGACACCAAUAAUGAGAGUGACGGGGAGGAAAUGCCAAAUGUAGAGGAGGAGGGAAGGAAAGAGGCGGUGUCAGAGGUCACUACUGACCAAUCAGAAUACAGCCCUGCUCAGGACCCCCUCGUGGAGGAAGAUAACCCUACUGAAACACUGGAGAGACAUGGUGAUAUGUCUGACCCUGCCGCUAACAUUGAAGACACACCAGUGUCUUCCUCCAGUACGGAUGUAAAAAAUACAGACCAUCCUGACUUUCCACCUGGAUUUCUCUACAAGGGGGUGGCCCUGGAGGAUAAUCCCACCAAGGACACCGGAGAACUGCAGUUUAAAGAAGGUGACGUCAUUCUGGUUGUUUGUGAUUUGGAGGAAAAGCCUGAAGGCAUUUUAAAUGGUGUGAAAGAGACUGACUGGAUUCAGCACAAGGAUCAUCUGAACCACUCUGGGACCUUCAUGGAAAAAUCGAUCAGACGCAUUGAUUCAAGUUAACCUCGGUAUUCCUGUCUGUCUUCACUUACCUGAAUCCAAUGCACACCUGAGCCAAACCAAGUAGCCCUGAGUGGAGACCAAGCUCUCUUGCUGAGGCUGAUGACCAGCCAGUUGUUUUUCUUCUUCAUGUGGUUCCUUUUGUGUUCUUGACUUCAAGACCCAUGGAAUCAAAUAUUUUGCUGUGUUCCCCUUGGAAUAUUAUGGGGGUACAAAUGGUCUUAACAGGUUUUAAUAUAUUCAGUCACAGCAAGCAAAAAUAUGUAUUUCUGUGUUCAAUGAGCUUUAAAACAAACUUUUACUGCAUUACUGAUGGAGUUUGCAUUUAAAAUCUUUCACUCGAGAAAUUUAACGUGUUUGGAACGCCACAGUAAAGGGUCGUGAUGACAUUCCAUAUCAUCACAGCACCGUGUAUAUUAUAGGUAUUUGUCCUCUACAUAAAAUACUGGAAGCUUGGAGUUAGCAAUACACAUUAGCUUGUUGCCUUUUUGUCAUGUUACAUUUUAAUUUUGAUUGGAAAGACCUGUACAUGAUGUAUUUGACUGUAAUAAAUUCAUCACCACUCUGUUUGCUACUA